AUGUCUUACAAUCACCACAACCAAUCUCAGGGCUACGUCCCUUCCUAUAACUCUCAGAACACCGGUGCUGCAUAUAUGGCUAGAAGAGGUUGGGGCAAUGAGAGUGACAGAAAUACAACUAUUUCUUUCUCGUCAAAAAGCAGUUCUAAAAGGAUAUACAUAACUUUGUUUGUCAUGCUGGUACUAUUAUUGAUAGCUGCAAUUGUGAUCAUCAUCUUAUUUGCGUCUGGAGUCUUCCACGGCGCUGAUCCACUUCAAAACCCCACAAGCUCACCAAUUCUCAACCCGACAUUCCGGCCUCCAAUCAACAACAUUCCCACUUUCUCACCUAUAUUUUCCCAAAAUCAAUCCUAUACCGGAUCAUUUUUAAUUCAACGAGAAGCCAGUGAUGUCUACAAUUUUAAAAACACCAAUCAAUAUUUUAACGCUUUCAACAUUAUGCAAAAUGCUCUCGACAACAUUUUUGUGACUUCCACUCUUCGGCCAUAUGCUGCACAGGCAAGACUAAUCGAUUUGCGAAACAGAGGGAAUGAUCUGGCUGUGUUGUUUGAAGUGCAUAUGCUUGGUGGAGGUAAUGUGGAUCAGAAUACAGUAGCUGAUGUCGUGAGAAACAACUUGGGAACACUAAGAAACCAACUCGGCGGCAAUGCACAAAUUGAUUUCAAUUCAGUAUCUGUGGUUCGGUUGUUCACUUUCUAG